UAUUAAGCACGUUUACUGUCAAAGACAUCGAAUGCAGACCAGAAAUUUAUAGACAGGUUUACUGGGAAUUACGGUGUGGACUUAGAGAGUGUCCGUCUCGUGGUUUGGGGUAGCGUUCAUCAGAAAUAAGGAAGGCUUGAAGGUGCAUUCAGACCAUGAAUUCUCCCUUGCAGACAAAUAUCACGAGAAACAAAUUGAAAUAAUUUGUGAAGAAAAAAAAACUAAGAUGGCAUUGGCAGCUCUAAGGAGGGAUUCAAUUUACAGAGCUGUACAACAAUCAUAUGCCCUCCUCUCCACUAUUUCUUCUUCUUCAUCAUUCUUCUCUUCGCAACACAGGUAUGAAUUACAUGGAAGAGGACUAGACUGCAAUGUUUUGGGAUCCGUGGAAGCUAAAUACACCAGGUUUUGUUUUCCAUUUACAUUUGGCAAUGGAGGAUGUCGAAGCAUGUCGGGCAUAAGGAGCAGAGUAGAGAAGAGAAUGAGGAGAGAAACUGGGAGAACUCUCAGAGAAAUCCGCAGAGCGAAAAAACUGAGGAAGAAACUUAUGACUGAAGAGGAGCGCCUCAUUUUUGGCCUCAGAAGGGCCAAGAAAAAGGUGGCUUUGUUGUUGCAGAAAUUGAAGAAAUAUGAGUUGCCUGAGCUUCCUCCACCUCGACAUGAUCCAGAGCUAUUAACACCUGAGCAGCUCCAAGCACUGAAAAAAAUUGGUUUUAAAAAUCAGAACUAUGUUCCUGUUGGGGUGCGUGGGGUAUUUGGAGGUGUGGUUCAAAAUAUGCAUUUACAUUGGAAGUUCCAUGAGACUGUCCAAGUAUGUUGUGAUACCUUUCCCAAGGAGAAGAUUAGAGAGAUGGCUACAAUGUUGGCAAGGUUGAGUGGUGGCACUGUAAUAAAUAUUCACAAUGUCAAGACCAUUAUCAUGUAUCGUGGAAGGAAUUAUCGACAGCCUAAAAUUUUGAUUCCUAUCAAUACUCUGACCAAGAGAAAGGCAUUGUUCAAGGCCAGGUUUGAGCAAGCCCUAGAAUCUCAGAAGAUAAAUAUAAAAAAAAUAGAACAAGAACUUAGACGGAGGGGAGUGAAUCCUGAGGAUCCUGUUGCUAUGGCUAGUGUUGAAAAGGUUGCAUCAACUUUCUUCCGAGCGAUUGAUGAGAAGCAAGGCACUCCAUAUAUGUUCCGUGGAGAUAAAAAACAAUCAGAUGAGAUUGAACUGCAGGAGACACAACCUCCUGCUGAAGACAGUGACCAAGAAGAGCUGGAUAGAUUUAUUGCUGAGAUAGAGGAUGCAGCAGAUGAAGAGUGGGCUGCUGAAGAGGCUGCAGAAAAGAGAGAAAUGGACCAAAUCAGAUACUGGAGUAGGCCAGUUGGUAGUGAUGAUAUACCUGAAAAGGACAUGGACAGUGACAUGGAUAGUGAAGAGGAUGUUGGAAGCAACAGAGGCUGGAGGAAUACAGAUGAUAGGAAUAGACGAGGACAGAGGGACAACUACGACAGAAGCAGAAGUGGAAACCAGGUUACGUUAGAAGGAUCAAGAAGAAUCAAGGAUGUGGUUGGGGAUUUGGACAGUGAUGAUGAGGGCACUGAAAAUGGCACGACAAGUAGUGAGAAUGAAGAUUGGGAUAUUGAAGAUAAAGUUACUGACAAAAUCAGAGGGCAUAGGAGUGACAUUGAUUUUGGUUUUGAUGGUGACAAGGAAAGAGAAAAUGCUAGCAGCCGAACAAAGGAGAGAAUGAGAAAUGUUCAGAGCAAUGUGAUGAAUAGGACUGCAAGUGGCAAAGGCAGAACCAGAGAGCUUGAGAACAUGGAUGAAGAUUGGAUGGAUGAGGAUUGGGAUAGUGAUGACGAGGUCAUCAACGAAGGAAGAAAAGAACAUAAAAGUAGUGAUGAUAAUCAAUACACUACAGAUAAUUUAACUGACAAAAGAAGAGGAUGCAAGAGUGAUAUGUAUGAUCAUUGGAGUAGUGACGAAGAUGAUGAGUAUAACACCAAAGAUGGUUUGAUGUAUAUGCAUGAAAAGAAUGACACUGAUGGAGAAGAUGUUGCCAGAGGCAGAAGCAAAGAGAUAGGUGGGGCAAAUGGCAGGGACAGCAAACACAAGGUUGUGGAAAUCAAUAAGAGAAAGAAAAAACUCGAUGAGAAUUGGGACAGUGAUUAAUUCACAGUUAACCAAACAACGGUCACCUUCCUGUAAUUUUCACAAGCUACAAUAUUGCAACUCAGCAGGGAUCUUAAUCAACAACCAUUCAAAGUACUCACUUUUGCAUUCUAUUUCUUCCUGUGCACAUGAUUUGCUAUAGGAGAAUAAGAUGAAUGGUUUCUCGUAUUUAAUUUCUGGGUGCAUGUAUUUUGCACCUGUGCAAAAUGUCCAAGAAAAAGAAAAGUCAGGAGUAUUGACUUUUGCACCCUUCCACUCACAGGACAAAAUUUUUCUACAGUACUUUACAACAAAGGAGUUGCCUAUUGGGAAUAAAAAAUGCACUUGAUAGAAUGGUGCAGAUAGAUUUUCAAAUUCUCACAUUUUUGGAUCUUGGUUCAUUUUUGUACUUGAGUAGUUUGCCCUCUCAAUGAGUGCAUCUAGUUGUAAAAAGUGGCAACUGACCACUUUAACAAAAUCUGACAUACUUAACAGCAUAGUUCGCUUUCUUUGCUAUUAUACAGGGAGCUGGUCAGGUGAAGGGUUUGAACCGUAGGCAGCACUUAUUAAGUGAUCAUGUUCGCUUUGUUAGUUAUUACAUCAAGUUUAGAGGGAUAUUAAUAUUUUAUAUGAAUAAAUAAGAUUGCAACGUCAAUGAUUCUGUA